AUGCGCCAACGCGCCCGAUAUGCAUGUGUUCCAUGUCGUCAACGCAAGCGCAAAUGCGACGGACAAUUUCCAUGCUCGACAUGCACGGGCUAUGGCUAUGAAUGUCAAUAUAGCGGUGGAAACAGCAACAACACUCGCGGCACCCAAGAGCCUAGCGCCACGGUCUUGCCAAAAAGUCUAUCGCAGAAAAGGAAACCCUCGGCGGCUGGUCUCGACGACUUGUCGACGCCUUCGCCUGCAUCUCUGAAAACCAACAGAUCAUCCUCAAGCAAACGUGGCUUUGGCGAUGAAGUGUCCUCGCUGAAAGAGGACCGUCCGGCUGCGAAUGGCUUCCUGUUACCUCUCAAAGGCCGAUUCAUCGGCCGCCAUUCUUUAGUCGCAUUUCCGCAAUGGGUGGGAAUGGCCCUGCAGUCAGCGACGCCGCCUAGAGUUCACUCCUUCGCCUACAACACCGGCGUAAGGCGUGAACUGUCCUACUCAGUCAUCUUCGACUUGCCCGGUUAUAUUACCUGGGCCGAAGUGCAAGACGCAAUUAAAAUCUACGGCUCUGUUAUCCACCCCAUCUUCGGCUUUCUCGAUAUCGACAACCUCCUCCGCCGAUGCCAUGGGCACUGGCACAGCAAGCACCAGGGCUCGUACUUCGAGGCCCUGAUCUGCGGGGUCAUCGGGCUGGCAUCGCUGUUCUCGAAGCUACUGUGCGAGAAUCGAGAAUUGCGCAUCAUACAACACGCGCGCGAGCUUCUCGAUGACCCCGACACAGGCCGCUUUCCAACCCUCGACACCAUCUCAGCAUGGAUCCUGCGCACCAUCUACACCCGCUCCACCAGCAGGCCUGGUGUCACGUGGCUGUACAGCUGCACCACCAUGCAUCUCUGCGAAAGUAUCGGCGCAUACACAGAGCCCGAGACAAGCGUCGAGAACGCUGGGAAGCAGCAGCAACAAACCCUCGCCCAAGCCCGCGACACCCGUGCACGUAUCGCCAUCGUCGCGCGCUGUCUGCACGUCUUCAUAUCCUACGAACACGGGCGCUCGACCGUCGAAAUGGGACCGAUCCCCGAACACAACGUGAUUACACGACAGGGGGAUCUAACGCUGCAAUUCAACGCCCUGAUCAACGCUCUCCCACCAGAUAGCGGCAGCCACGAUGCCUUCUCACGCCGACAAGAACUGUGCAUUGCCCUAACCAAACUCCUCGCCACGCCGACCUCGCACGAAUUCUUCACUCUGCUCCGGACAGACCUCUGUCUCGCCAUCUACCGGCGUCUCCGCCUGCUCGAUCUCGGCAUUAAGCACGAGCAACUCGAGCAGGUACUGCAGGCCGGCAAAGCGGCGCUGGCGGCCGCACGGAUCUUGGUGUUGCGGAAUCAUCCUUGGUGGAAUACUGUCGGCACGGUGUUUCAGUUUAUAUGCGUUUUACUGGCUAUUGAUAAUUCUGAUGGUCUUGCUGCGAUGACAGAGGCGAUGGAGACCCUGGAGACGAUUGCGAAGCAUCUCCAGACACACCUUGCAGAAGAAGCGCUGAGUACGGCGCGGAUGUUGGUGCGAGCGAUGACAGAGAAGAAGAGGAGGGAGGUUGGGGCCUUGGAGAAUAUGGCGGCGGCGUCGUCGUCAGAGAGGAUUGCAGAUAUUGCUGCUCCUGAUGUUAGUACUACAAUUAAUACAGCGGGAAGUGAAUCGGGUUUGUCCCUGCCCGUUGCGAAUGCAGACCUAGCCACCGAUGCUGCUGUUAUUCAGCAGUGGAAUGGGAUGGUAGAUUUUACAGAUCCGCUGUGGAAUUGGGAUGCUUUUUUCGAGCCGCCUAUGGUGACAUUGGUGACGCCGCCGCCGUUUGGGGAUCCGAGUUUACAGUGGGGAUAA